AUGCAGCACCCUGGUGGUGAAGAAGUCCUCAGGGAGCAAGCUGGAGGAGAUGCUACUGAGAACUUUGAAGAUGUUGGUCAUUCCACAGAUGCAAGGACACUGUCAGAAACCUUUAUUGUUGGGGAACUUCACCCGGAUGACAGAGCGAAGCUUCAGAAACCAGCAGAAACUCUUAUUACCACUGUUCAGUCUAAUUCCAGUUCAUGGUCCAACUGGGUGAUCCCAGCAAUAGUAGCAAUCAUCGUGGCCCUGAUGUAUCGUUCCUACAUGUCAGAGUAAGCGCGUUACUGAGAACUAAUGCAAGAAGAGACUGAUCUGGGAGAGAAUAUAAGCAAUCCUAACCCAAUACAUUUCCGGACAAAAGCCUGAUGUCUGAAGAAAAAUUCAACUUUUUCAGAAAACUGAACAAUUUUUUUCUAUUGUGCACUUUUCUUAAUGUUGCCUUAUUAUUUGCUGUUCUGAAGUGAUAAAAAGGCAGUAUUUCUCUUUGUAUAACAAUUUUAUUCUCUAAUGAAUUAUUUGAUAACUAUAUUGAUUACUGUGUUAGAAUACUGUUUUGCAUGUAACACUGAUACUGGUUAUUUCUCUUUUAUCUGUAAUGGGGUCCAUAGAACUCUUUUUACAUAUAAAUUUUACAGCUUUAAAUGACUACCAAAACUGUGUACAUGUAUUUGUCCAUGUACACAACUUCACUUAACUUAAAAAAUCACAUUGUCUUCUUGAGUGUAGUAUGUUUGAAUGAAAUGGUAAUUAAAUGUAAUGGAAGAAGCUGAGUGGAGUAGUGGGUAUAGGUGCCUGUAAGUGUUUGGGCCCUACCAAUUAGGCUAUAAUGA